AGUGGACACUUGUUACUAAUCUUAGAACUGCUCUUUCAAAAGUGUGCACCACGAUGUUUUGUUUUGCGCUGUCUGCACGUGCUUAGCCUACAUGCCCUGCUUGUGAACCAGCAGUGUGGAUAGGAAGAUUUGAAGCGCAACAUGACCAAGCACAAAAAGAAGAGGGCUUCCUCCGUCCGGUGCCCUGAGCCAUGGCCUCCUCGGCUGGGAUGGGGCAUGACCUUCCUCUACACAAAACCCACGGACAAGGUGGGGUGCACCUCGGUCUCCAGAGUGCCACCUGUCUUCCCCUGCAGGCCACAGCACUGCGAGCGUGUCAAGAACCAGUAUUUGAAAAAGGCGGCUGCCGACCUCUCCUUCUCUCAGGACGUGAGGUGGCAGCGGGGACUGCCCAGCAUGCCUUUCAGUCAGUACAGUUUUGAGCACGUCUACAACACGGAUGACAUCAUCCCACCUGUGCAGGCCCGGGAGGCCCACACCGAGAAACCUGCCUACACCAAAGCUCUGCGGACCUCAGAGCUCUUGGCAGGGGACACCCCCCAUUCUGCAAAGACACAAAGCCCUGUGGGUUCUAAAAAGAAGCAGAAAAAACCAAAGCCCAGAGAUUCGGACCAGAAAGCAUCUACCCCACACUCUCACUGUCCCCCCUUGAAAUCAGAUAUACCAGACCUGUCCCCCUCUACCGAUGACAGUCUGGAGGAAAGGGAAACCUGGCUUCCACCCGGUGAGAAGGAGGCCCGGAGCUGGGAAGCCUUCGUGCUGGAGAAGCUGGACAAGCGCACCGCGCGAUGGAUCCAGAGCAAGCGUCCACCGAGGCCUGGGCAGUCGCCCAACAAGUGGCAGAGCUUCCUGCGCCAGCAGUACGACUGGAGCCACAUUCGGGAUGAGCUCACUUCAGCCAGUGACCUGGACCUCCUCAAAAAGCUGGAGGAAGAAGAAACAGCAGAGUUUGAGGGCGAACGUGUCACCGUGCCCCCCAAGGAAAUAAAGAAGCCGGAGAUGCUGCUUCCGGUUUUCUACAGGUUACCUGGCUACUCCCCACAAGAACAGACAGUUGAAAUUCUGCCUGGCAACAACAAGACGGCCGAGGAUAUCGCAGAAGAAAGGAGAAACUACCAGCCUCCAAUUCUGAAUCCCUUCCGGCAGGUGAACCCCAGAGCUGGAGAGUAUGCUUACUCUACAGAAAACAUCUUCGAGCAGGAGAUUUACUUUGACGGAGUGAAGAUUGUUCACCAGAUUGGUGGGAAGAAUGACCAAAUUGUCUUGGAAAACCUCAAUCGGUACGACAAGCACCUAUCUCGGAUCUUCCCUGAAAGCCCAGAAAAGUGGAGUUUCCAGCCUGUUCCUGAAACACCUCAUAAGCUCAAGAAAGGAGUUCAGCGUUGGGUUGCGUUGCCCACCCCGGUCAAGAGCCUUCUGCUGCAGGUGGGUGAGGAGGACACGUCUGACAAGCCUAGAAGAGUGAAGAAGAAGGUUGAACCCCUGAAGGAGGAUGUGACUUGGGAGCUGGCAGUGCUGCGGAAGAUGCUGCAGGAGUGGAAGACGGCCUGGGCACUCAUUAUCGAAUGGCAUCAUGAGACAGUGGAGAACCUAUUGCGGGGCAUAGUAAACAUGUAUGAUGACAUGAGGAUCCACGCCAUUGUCACAUGUGCUACCGCUGCUUUGGAAAGGCCCCGGAUUGCCCCUAACAAGCAGGGCUCAGUACCAAUUAUUCCGGACUUGCCAGAGGUGCUCCUGCCUGCUCUAGAGGCUGCUCUGUCUGACAGGAAUCCCAAUGUGAGGAUGGCAGCAGCCAUAUGCCAAUAUGCCAUACAGUCACAUAAUCCCACUGCCCGGGACAUCAUGCAGACUGCACUUGUGAAAGGUAAUAGUGUGGACAGCUGGGCCGCAGCUCAGUGCUUGGCUCUGGAAGGCAUUGCCACCUACCCAGUGAUUAAGAGGAUCCUCCACCAGCUCUUUAACAAGAAGAACGAGGCCACAGAGGAACAGUCUUGUAUCCUCCUGGGCCAUCUCAGUGGGAAGACGACCCUGAUCCACACAAUGCUCGCUGUGGAGCUGAACAGCAGGCAAUGGAAGGACCGCAUUGUGGCCUGCCGCGCUUUCUCUCGGAUCAGUGGAAACAUCUGUAUAGAUAUGAAGCAUAAGCUAAUCGAGCUGAUGUGGAAUGACUGGAACAAAGAAGUCAGGCAAGCGGCUGCCAAAGCGCUGGGGCAGAUGAGCCUUGGGAAGGAGGUGCAUGACAUGAUCAGGAUUAAGCUGAGUCAAGGAAAUUCCCAGGAGCGGAUUGAGGCCCUCUCCCUGAUCCGUGUACUCAAGCUCAUGACAGCCAAGCUUCUCCCAAGCUUCCUGAGCUGCUUCUCGGAUGAGUUCAUAGCAAUUCGACAGGCAGCUUGUAUGGCGGCAGGUGCCCUGCAGAUCCGAGACAAGAUGGUGCUUGAAUGCCUCCAGAAUCUGAUGAACAAAGAUCCCUACUGGAAAAUCAAGGCUUUUGCCAUUCGAGCUUUGGGACAGAUUGGGCAAGUAAGUCCCCAGCUGACAGAUCUUCUGCUCUGGGCUAUCCACUAUGAAGAAUCACCAGGUGUACGACUGGAAGCUUGCCGCAGCAUCCUAGCCCUCAAGCUUCAAGGAAGCCAGGUCAGGGACACCUUUCUGGAUGUGCUGCUCCUAGAGGACCACGAGGCUGUUCUUAAGGAAAUUUACCAGGCAAUGACAGUACUCAACUUACAAAUUGAAGGAAAUCAAGAAAUGCUUCAGGAGAUCAAGAAGAAGAUUGAAACACUAAAUCAAAAGGACUUGCUGACAGAGAAAAUACUCAAGUUGGAAGCGGCUAUAAGAUAUGUGAAGCAAAAAGGAAUACGUGUUUACUCAGAACCCAUAGAGGGCCAAAACCCAAUGGAACUCCAAACUUUUCUUCAAGACGUUUUUGAGAAUGAAGAGGCUCCUCCUGUAAGAAGAUUUGAGUUUUGUGACACCGAAGCAGUCACAAAGAGUGUGCGGCCCCAAAUGCCGAGUCCCUGGCUAAGGAGUCAUGUUGUACAAUUCUCCGCACACAGAAGUCGCUCACCGUUUUUCAGGGAUCUACGGACUGCCCGGGAAAAAAGGAUUGAAAGAGGGCCCUUUGGAUCCGACACAGAUCUCUAGCUGGGCAAAUUAUUCAGAGAAGAUUGUUUUCUAGCACCCAUCUUCUCUCCAUCGGGGAAAGCUGCCCUGUCUAGGCUGACUGCUUCUCCUGCUCUUAGAUAGUGACAGCAGUGGACAGACCACACUGUCUCUUCCACUGUUACUGUACAAUGUUCUCGAAAUGUUUACAAAGAUAAACUAUUUAUCAAUAAGCUUUA